AAUUUAUUAAUUGGAGAGCUAUAAUAUCAUAUCAUAUAUUUAUAUUUAUGGAGAAGACACACUCCAAAUCUACUCUUAAGUUUGUGAAGAGUGCUUCACAGUUCACAACGGGUUUAUGGAGCACAAAUUCUGAAGGAAUGCCAAAAGAUGAAUUCAAGGACAAAUCAAAGUCUUGUCAGAAGUCUCCUACAAUGGAAAAUACCAAAGCUCAAGAAGUGAAACUUCACACUCAACAAAGAGCAACCAAACGAGCAAUGUUCAACUACAUGGUUGCGACCAAGCUGAGCAUCUUGGAGCAGCAGAGAAAACAAGAAGAGAUGUUGCAGAAGAUGAUAGAAGAGGAAGAGAUUCGCUUGCUGAGAAAGGAGAUGGUUCCAAGGGCUCAAUUGAUGCCAUUUUUCGAUAGACCUUUCAUUCCGCAAAGAUCGAGCAGGCCUUUAACAAUUCCUAGAGAACCAAGUUUCCGAAUGAUGAGCAGCAAGGGCUUCAGCUGCAACUCUGGCAGUGAACUCUACAAUUUCCAACCCACAACUCAAGCUAUGAAUCCCAUCAAGUAGACCAUUUCAAUAAGUACCGCCAACAGAUUAUUCCUUAAAACAUAAACCCAAUAUGGUGCUUCAUGCAUACUGUGAGAAACGCCUUUUUUUUUUCAGAUCCUUAAUUUUCUUGCGUAGUUACUAAAAUCCCAAAAUUGGAUAGUUGUAAUUUAGUUGACCCUCAAGGGGGAAUUGCUAGUGACGAUUCUCCACAGUUUAGAAAAUAAAGACACUGCAUUUCCUUUGCUUUUCUA